GAAGGUGGUGUGCGGUUAGAGAAGCGGAGCGGAAAUAACCCGCAGAGUGAAUCAGUGCGCGCGGCGCUGCGUCGCGCUCCGAUGCAGCAGCAGCAGCAGGAGGAGGCGCCAUUGUUUGGAUGCGCAGCAGACUGAGAGGAAAAAGGCCCGGGCUCGGACUCACUGACGGGGACACGCGCACCAUGUUGCCUCCGCUGCUCUUCGCGCUCCACCUGCUCUGCUUCACCCAGAGCACGUUGGCGUUCCAGGCGACUGUAAACGAUGAAGGUUUGAUCGUGGCGACGCUGGAGCUCUCAGACCUGCAGGAGAACGUCACAGCGUACGCGGCGCAGAUCUCCGGAGAAUCUCGAACCGUCCUGGUUCAGUUCAUCAACGCCAGCGAGCCUCUGCUGUACAACGCCUCGUUCCACGGCCUCUGCUACACGCUGGGGCUGCUGGUCAAACGGGGACAGGCCUGGUCCAGACCCGUGAAGACUGUGACUGUGCUCACGAAGCCGCUUCCUGUCCACAGCGCUCAGAUAUUGGACUAUAAGGAGGCUCCAGAGACUGGUGUGGUGUUUGAAAUCGAUCCUCCGACCAGAAACGUCUUCAGCAGAGUCAACAUCAGCUACACUGAAGGACAAGAGCGUCGAUCAAUGCUCUAUAAAGAUUUUUACAAAGGGAAGACGGUGUUUAAGCACUGGUUACCAGGGAUGUGUUAUCGGAACAUCACCUUCCAGCUGAUCUCCGAGGCCACCGUAUACCAGACUGCACUGGUUACCCACAGUGACAUCACUCACACCCCUCUGCACCACCGGACAAUGCCCUCCCCUCCCCUCAACAUCUCCCAUAGGAUCAUCCACCUGAGUCAGAGGGUAACUCCGGGUCAGGGGACUGACACGCCCCCUCAUCGAUCCCCCCGCCAGGCCCGGGAUGUCCCGCUGAUGGAGGAGCGGGAGGAGGCGAGUCAGGCAGAGGAAAACAUCACCUCAGAAGAGGUGAUAGGAGUCACUUCUGCCCCCUUCAACUCCACAAAAAUCCCGAUGACGAGCGCCACCAUCGAUGUGAACAGCAGCCACAUGGAGGAGGCGGAGCCUACUAGCUACUGGCUAGAUCCGACUGAGCCAUCUCCUGGUGACAGGGAUGAGGAGUUUGUUAAUGGCGUGGUGCCGGAGUACGAGGACUCCAACGAGCCGGGCUCGGCUUUGGCGCUCCCCGCCGAGCCGUCCGUCCUGCCCACCAGGCUGCCGCCCAUCCUGCUGGAGCUGCGCUGGCUGCCACCACGACCGCCCACCAGCUAUGAUGGCUUCAACGUCUACAUCUACAGAGAUGGUAACUCGACGGAAACGGCAACCGUGGAUGAAAAUACGCACGAGUUUUUCACCGAGUUAACGGAGCCGGGAACGUACAGAGUACAGGUGACCACGCUGAGUUCAUCCGGAGAAUGCGAGGCCCGAGAGAGCAGCGCUGACACCGGCUUCACCUUCUACCUCAGUUCCGGCGGCGAGCUGCUGGAGGAGCUCCGGGAGCAUCCUCAGGCCGUCAGCGUCAGACUGCUGGACUCGAGCACUGCCGCCGUCUCCUGGGCGCCGUCCUCCCAGAACCACAAUGGCAGCCUGGUGUCGGUGGUUUCCACCACCUGCCUGAAGCCCAGCCUCAGCCAGAGGAUGGAAAACACGUACUGCAGCGAGGAAAACUCAACAAGUGACAUCAUCACCCACCUGACGCCCGGCGCCCAGUACAGAGUGGUCGUCUAUCACACCAACGGACCCCUGAUCAGCCCGCCGUCGGAGCCCGUCAUCAUCGAUAUCGAGCCCACCGGCGUGCGCGAGCUCGCCAUUUACCCUCUGAGCCCGACGGCGGUGAUCCUCAGCUGGCAGCGUCCGUACCACGUGGCCUUCAGGAAGUAUGUCCUUCAGACCUUCUUCUUCAACCCUGUCACGCUGGCCUCCGAGUGGACCACCUACUACGAGAUCGCUGCCACCGCCUCUGUCAUCGCCUCCGUGAGGGUGACCGACCUGCUGCCCGCCUGGUAUUAUAAUUUCCGUGUUUCCAUGGUGACGUGGGGCGACCCGCCGCUCAGCUGCUGCGACAGCUCCACCGUGAGCUUCGUCACAGCUCCCGAGGCGCCUCACAUAUACUCGGUGGAUUAUUCUCAUGGCGUUUUGUACGUUCACUGGACGUACGGCGAGCUCUUCAGCGACCUGUCGCACUCCAGGAUGCUGCACUGGCAGGUGGUCGCCGUUGGGAAGAGAGGACCCGAGAAGACGUACUCCAUCGACGUGACUCGUAACGUGAUGCAGGCGACCCUCCCUCUGCCUCCUGGAGACAUCUACAACCUGACGGUGACGGCGUGCACGGACCGCAGCAGGAACACCUCCACGCCCAACAUCAUCAAACUGGAGCCAGCUCCUCCCAGGUCGCUGUAUGCCGUCAACGCCACUCACUCAUCUGUGACUCUGCUGUGGACCGAGGAGGGAGUGGUUGACUAUUACCAGGUCUUCUGUAGACCCAGCAAAGCCAGCAAGGAGCAGCUCAAGGCGCUCGAGCCGCAGACCUCCACCUCCCACGUCCUAACCAUUUCUGGUUUGACACCAUCUUCCAGCUACAACUGCACCGUCACCAGCUUCAGCUACAGCACGCCCAGCAAACCCGCACACAUCACUGUCAGCACCAUUGCCAAAGAGAUGAACCCGAGCGUUGCCGCCAUCUCGGCUCUGGCCGUCCUCAGCAUCCUGCUCAUCAGUCUGCUCAUUCUCUUCCUGCUCGUUCUGCGUAAGAAACACCUGCAGAUGACCAGGGAGUGCGGCGCAGAGACCUUCGUUAAUUUCGCCUCGUUUGAGAGAGACGGGAAACUUCCGUAUAACUGGCGAAGAAGUCUCUUUGCCUUCCUUACCCUACUGCCAUCCUGCCUUUGGACUGACUAUCUUUUGGCUUUUUAUAUUAAUCCUUGGAGCAAGACCGCUUUAAAGAAACGGAAGCUAACAAGCCCCGUGCAGCUGGACGACUUUGAGGCCUUCUUCAAAGACAUGAGCAAAGACUCGGCCUACAAGUUCUCCCUACAGUUCGAGGAUCUGAAGAGCAUUGGUCUGGAUCUUUCCCAUGAUGCCGCUGACCUGCCCAUCAACAGGCCCAAGAACAGAUACACCAACAUCCUCCCCUAUGACUUCAGUCGAGUGAAGCUGAUCUCAAUGCACAACGAUGAAGGUUCAGACUACAUCAACGCCAAUUACAUACCUGGCUACAGGCAUAAUAAGGAGUACAUCGCCACGCAGGGCCCGCUGCCCGAGACCCGCAACGAUUUCUGGAAGAUGGUUCUGCAGCAAAAAUCCCCGAUUAUCGUCAUGCUCACGCAGUGCAACGAACGGCGACGGGUGAAGUGUGAUCAUUACUGGCCCUUCACAGAUGAGCCCGUGAUGUACGGGGAGAUUAGCGUGGAGAUGAUGUCUGAAAGCGAGUCUCCAGAGUGGACCAUCAGGAAGUUCAGAAUCGGAUACGCCGAUGAGAGUCAGGACGUCCUCCACCUGAACUACACUUCGUGGCCAGAUCAUGGCGUGCCCACGGUAAACGCCAUCGAGAGCAUCCUGCAGUUUGUCCAUAUUGUCCGCCAGCAGGCCAACAGGACCAAAGACCCCAUCAUUGUCCACUGCAGCGCUGGAGUCGGCAGGACCGGGACCUUCAUCGCUCUGGAUCGCCUGAUGCAGCACAUCAGAGAGCACGAGUACAUCGACAUCUUGGGCAUGGUCUCUGAAAUGCGAUCGCAUCGUCUGUCGAUGGUCCAGACUGAGGAGCAGUAUGUGUUCAUCCAUCAGUGUGUCUUGCUGAUGUGGCAGAAGAAAAGGCAGCAGUCCAUCACCUCGGAUGUUAUCUACGAGAAUGCCAGCAAGACAUAAUGAGCCUCUGCUGUGAACAUGCCCCAACCUCCUGUGCUUCAGGCAUCCAUUCUCUGCAGAAGAAGACUUGCUUCAUCAUCAGUAUCAAAAACAAAAACAAAAAAAACAAAAAAAAAAAAAAACAGCAGAACAUCUGGACGAGAGAAAACUAUUAUCUAGUCUUUCUUUGAAUUGGUGUUAAAGCAUGGGAUGGAGUUUUGCCUUAAGGAGCCUUCACUGACUGACCAACAUGUUCAACCACAAGCCCGCCCUCUGAACUGGACCGACUCACGCCAACGUGGGCUCAGAGGAGCACUGACGAGCUGCGUCCGUUCAGGCGACGAGUCGUGGAACUGAGUCAGCAGUUUUUCAUUUUUAUUUAUGUUUUUAAUCUCAGGAGUCGCUGAAAAACCAGCAAGCACACUGGCCUCUUCUUCCCCUCGAACGUUCGUUUUAAGCUUCGUUUUUGCUUCGUUCAUCAUCCCGCGUGGUGCAGCUUUCCUGGCUCUUUGGGCUGCAGGAGUCGGCGGCGGUAGAUUUCAUCGUUACGCACUGCCAUACGUACCGCACACGUUGAUAAUUAAAAAGCGACUGCUCGAGCAAGCUGAUUAACUGCCAGGACUGCUGCACGAGAAGAACCCAGCAAACAUUCACUGACGGGUUAAAACGAGCACAAAUCAGGUGUUUGGAGAUGCAGCGCCACAAACCUGUGGUGAAAAAUGAGGAAAGUUUUGCUGCAGAUCGAAUGUGGAAAAUGUCAGAUUUCUGCUUCACAUUAUCUGAGAAAAACAUCACAACACUAUCUGAACGUUAUCUGAUCAAAUUAGAUGCGUGAAUGUUUGCUAGGUCUGCACAAGUGGAGGGCACAGAGGAGUGGAGGGGAACAUCGUCCCCACGCUGCCGUCCGCUGCUGCUCGGCGUGUUCGAGGCCAGUUUAGAGCUAGAGACUGUGGUUGUAGAGCUGUAGUUCGUAUUUGCACUGAGGCCUCAGAGCUGCUGAACAAGAAGGGAAGCAUUCCUGCUGCUGCUUCCCACCGUGGAGGACCGGCACGCAGUCACGUUGCUCCAUAUUUGUCCUGUGCACCGGGGGCUCUUUCUAACGAAGGAUGUAAAGCUGUAGAUUAACUUUAGGACUACCGUAGAGGUUUGGACUGUCCGAUCGGACUGGCUGCAACAAUCCGGAUCGUAUCCGACAGCGUGGACAUCAGAGACAGUUGAACUGCCAAAACCACCAAGAACAUCACAAGUUUCCCAGUAAUCGGCCAGCUUUGGGAAGUACCAGAAACAUAUCUGCUCAGAAACGUUCAGAGCUCACUGAGCUCCUCUGGGGCCCCACACGAACCAGUUUAUCAUUGUGUAAAACUGCAGAUUAAACCUUUGAACCUGGGCUAGAAAGUACAAAUAUAUAAAGGUACAAAUAUCUGUAUUUUAAUGAAAUGAUGGUCACUGGUUCCGUUAUAAAUGCCCUCUAAAGACCUCCCAUAUAGAAGCAUCAGGCUUUAAAUUUCACUACAAACACUGAAACAUCCUGAACAUUUAAUGUAUGUGCUCAGUUUAACAUGUCGUCAGUCUGGUUUUAGUUCACUAAAUUAAAUUCAACUUUGUUCUAAUUUUAAUUACUAAAUUUCUAGCGGUCCCAACGAGCAGCACACAUCCAGAAUUCUAUGCUUAACAUUUUUUGUAACACUAAAUAAAUGACUUUAAACGAUGGCAGCUGGGAGUGUGUAAACACCACUGGAUUUGGAUUGUAAAAGAUUUCCUGCCAAAAUUUUAUACUCCAAACAACAUUUUUGUGCUUCCCACAUGAAAACUGACCAAUAAAAAUGGGUUCUGUUUGUGGAAAUUUGGCACAUUUUCAAAUUUGAGGCUUUUUGGGCACAAAGUAAAAUCAGUGAGCAGUGAUAUUUAAUAAACAGAUUAUUUUAUGGUUGUUUUUGGGCCCCAGGAGUCGGUUUGCGAAUGGCUCCGACCGACUCUUUAACGUCGAUCUGUACAGAAAAGUGUUGAAGCCGUUUCUGAAGCGUCUGCUGGUUCGAUUCAUCUUCAUUCUUCGAUUUCACACGACGGGCUAAAGAACAUCCACGGUCCUCGUUCCUCAGUGACCGUGGUGAAUGUCUGUGGAGCAGAUGGUCGAUUCAGGAAACACAGGGUGCUGUCAAAAUAAGAGCUCAAGAUCAAAUGAAAGCGGGGGGGGUCUGGUUAAAUGUUACAUUUAAUAUUUAAUAAAAAGCUCAUUUUAAAUUAAUUUAAAUGACAGAAUUUGUAAACAAAAUCUUUCAGUAUUAUUGUUACACCAUGAUUGUUGUUUACAUAAUGUUACAAAAUUAGCCAUAAUUUGUUCUGCAUAUUCAGCUGAUAAAGUUACACAUUUCAUACAUCAAUGCAAAAAUGCUCCCAUAAAAUCUUUUUAAAAGCUGGGAUGAUUAUUAUUGUCAUGAUUAUUUGUACUAAGAACUGUUUGACGAGCAGAAUUAGUUCAAUGUAAAGAAUAAUGCACGUUCUGAAUGAAUUCUGACUCUUGGGCUGAUAUCUGUUGUUGCAAGCGUGAUCUUAUGGAGCGCUGCAGAUAAAACUGAACAAAUUUCAUAUGAAUAAAAUCUGAAACUGCAUCAACAGGCUGAAAAUGUAGGACAAAGCUAUUUUUGAUGUCCUGAAAAUGUUUUUAAAUUUUUUGACAUUUUGCAGAAUUUUCCCGUGUUGAUCAUUUUCAUAAAUAAAUAAUUGGCUGAGGGAUCAAACGUGCCGGGUCGUGACAGAAAAUAAAGUCUGGACCCAGAACGAUGAUAAACGUUUACAGUUUGGGUUCAUUUGGCUAAAUGCUGAACUAUGAAGUUUUAGUUUGGCGGGAAUCAAAGGCCUCGUUAUUUUGACGGCACCCUGAUUAAGUUGGUUCAAAAUGAUCCAUGAAUGUGUAACAAGGCUGCUGGCCACCUGUGAAAUGAGUCAUCAUCGUGGCCUUGUGCUUACCACACCUGAAGUCUUUACCUGUCGGCUGUCUCGGAUCUGCGGCAGUUCGGUACUUCGGUUCGGUCCCACUGAUCUGAAAUAGGUUCAUUUCACUUAGCUAUCAGAUGUACUGUACAUACUUUUACUGCUUAACUAUUCUGUUUCUACUCGUCAUUGCAAAGUAAUUCUUGUGAUGUUGCUUUAGAGGAUUGUUUUUUAAAAGUUGCUGUUAAUGUGAGUCAUCUUUCUGAGCCGGAAGCUGAAUUCUCGACUGACGUUUCUGACGCCUCAGCGUCUGGAAGUAUGGACACGGGGCGUGGUCACGGGGCGUGGCGUGGGCUGCAGUCUGAGAAACGCACUUUGGUACGACUGUCAAAAAACAAAAAAAAAAAAACCUGACAGAACUUGCUGCCAGUUUUGUGAAGCACUGAACACUUCUACAAUUCUUUCUCUUGCUUAGUGUGUGUCCAGUCGAACUUGUACGUCAUUGGUGCCAUUACUGUGCAUUGUGUCACUUACAGUUGGAAGGAUGAUCCCGAGCUUGGAUCGCCAUCACAGAGUUUUAAUGUGUGUGUUGGAACAAAAUAAAAUG